AUGGUUCCCGCCCCCAUCGACCCAUCCAUUACGGAUGUGGCAGAGCCACGGAAAGAUACCCUCGGACUCCCCGAGAGCGCAAAGACAAGAUUGACAAAGGCGGGUGUUGAUUUAUCCAACGGAUAUCCAUACCGCCCCUCGCGGCCGCUGUACCUGGACGAUGCAUACAACAUUCGCAACAAAGAGCGGGAGUACAUUGACGCAGGCUCGAGGGCAGAUAAGUCCAAGAAGAACUUGCUCGGUACCGCUACCAAGGUCACCAACCUGACAGCUCACAUCGGCACGGAGAUUGAGGGCUUGCAACUGAAAGAUCUUACCGCGGAGCAGAAGGAUGAGCUUGCACUUCUGAUUGCCGAGCGCAGCGUUGUUUUCUUUAGAGACCAGGAUCUUUCUCCACAGGAGCAGAAGGAACUAGGUGACUGGUAUGGAGAAGUUGAAGUCCACCCACAAGUCCCGCAAGUCCCCGGUGUUCUCGGCGUCACGGUCAUCUGGCCUGCGUUGAUGGCCACCGAGCGGAAGGCCAAUUUCCGCAACCCCGGCGGUGCGUCGAAGUGGCACACCGAUCUGGUCCAUGAGCGCCAACCCUCCGGCAUCACACACUUGCACAACGAUACCAUCCCAUCGAUUGGUGGUGACACUCUCUGGGCCAGCGGCUACUCAGCUUAUGAAAAGCUGUCUCCGGACUUCCGCAAGAUCAUUGAUGGCAAGUACGCAAUCUAUCGGUCCGCUCACACCUACCUUGACCGGAACGACCCCAAUGCCGGUCCCAAACACAUCGAGCGAGCUCACCCUCUUGUCCGGGUGCACCCCGCCACAGGCUGGAAGUCUCUUUACGUGAACCGUCUCUUUACUACCCAGAUCAUUGGUCUCGACAAGGCCGAGAGUGAUGCAAUCCUCAAUUACCUUUUUGACGUUUACGAGAAGAACGUUGAUAUUCAAGUUCGAUUCAAGUGGACCCCAAUACCAGCGCUCUUUGGGACAAUAGUGUACAGAAUUACGAUCCACAACGCAAGCUGGGACUACGAGGGAAACCAACCCCGACAUGGGACGCGCGUGACAUCUCUGGCGGAGAAGCCGUACUUUGACUCCAAUGCACCUACUAGGCGCGAGGCUUUGGGCCUGCUCAGCCCCGAUGAGAAGGAGGAACUUGGAAUUGAUGGUACUACCCAGGGACUCAAAGAUUUCUCUCUGUAG